GAGGUGACAACAGGAGAGUCCCUUUGCAACACACAAGAGAAGAGAGAGGGCGAGCAAGCAAGGCCCAAGCCUAGGACGAUGGCCGCGCUCAUGCUUCUUCGCGUCCUCCUCGUCGCGGUGGCGGCGAGGGCUCCUGCCGCUCAGGCAUGGGGCAAGGAGGGGCACUACAUGGUGUGCAAGAUCACCGAGAGCUUUCUGUCGGAACAGGCCAAGACGGCGGUGAAGGGCCUGCUGCCGGGGUGGGCCGGCGGCGACCUCGCGGAGACGUGCUCGUGGGCGGACAGGCAGCGUUUCCGGUACCGGUGGUCCAGCCCCCUCCACUUCGCUGACAAUCCGGGGGACUGCAAGUUCGACUACGCCAGGGACUGCCACAACACGAAAGGAGAGAAGGACAUGUGCGUGGUUGGAGCAAUCAACAACUACACCGCGGCGCUGAAGGACUCAUCAAGUCCAUAUGAUCCGACCGAGAGCUUGAUGUUUCUUGCACACUUCGUCGGCGAUGUCCACCAGCCGCUCCACUGCGGCAACGCCGACGAUCUCGGCGGCAACACCAUCAUCGUCCGCUGGUACAGAAGGAAGAGAAACCUGCACCAUGUGUGGGAUGUGAACGUGAUUCAGACAGCCAUGAAGGAUUUCUACGGCAACGAUCUAAGCACCAUGAUACAGGCCAUCCAGCAGAACAUCACUGGGGAGUGGGCUAACGAAGAGAAACAGUGGGAGACGUGCCGUAGCCGGACAAAGACUUGUGCUGACAAGUACGCUGAAGAGAGCGCAAAGCUGGCCUGCAAGGCGUACGAGGGUGUUGAACAGGGCUCCACCUUAAAAGAUGACUAUUUCUUCUCUGCGCUGCCGGUGGUUCAGAAGAGGAUUGCCCAAGGAGGUGUGAGGCUUGCUGCAAUACUCAACAAUAUAUUCGGUGGGAACAGCAAGCUACAGAGCAUCUGAUCAAGUAGAAAUUAAACAAUAGGAAGUGUGGAGGAAUUGGUCUGCAUUCUGAAUUAGAAUGAUUGUCUUGUUUGACAAUGUAACUUUAGUGAUCAGAUCGCGACCACGACUAUAUGUACGUAUUUUAUAUUUGUCAGAGUAGCUCAUGAUUUGUUACAGAAUUGAUGAAGCGCUCGUACGUAAUGCUCAAGUCAAGUGUGCAAUAGGUGGUGUAUUCACCUGUGUAGUGUAUCCCUGUAUCUGUAUCUGUAUCUGUGUCUUUAAGCUUGAUGUAAGAAGAAAUGUAACUAAAUGAAUAGACGAAUUUGUGGAUGCAUGGAUUAUCUGAGAA